AUGCUUGAUGGGUUGAGCCCCCAGGCUGGAAAGAUUUGGAAGAAGGCCCACCUAACCUUCCUAUUUGAUGGCAAACGCAUGACGGAAACCUUCCUGAUUUGCAAUACUGGAUCACACGCCGCCAUCUUGGGAAUUAAAUGGCUAGAGGCUCACAACCCUGAAAUUGAUUGGAACUCCCGCACCCUCUCCUUCCCUCACACGCCACCGGAACAUGCGGCUAUUGCCGAGGAGGAAGAAGCAGACCAGAAACCCCUUGAAGGAGUCCCCUCCAAAUACCACCAAUAUGCUAAGGUAUUUGGAGAGGAGGAAUUCAAUAAGAUUCCCCCCCAUUGUCACUAUGAUAUUGCCAUCAAACUCACGGAAGAAGGUCCACUUAACUCCCCACUGUACAGCAUGACUGAUGCCAAGUCCUCCACACUCAAGGACUGGCUCAGGGACAAACUCAAGGCUGGAAAGAUUUGCCCCAGCAAAUCAUCAAUCAGUUCCCCCGUCAUGUUUGUGCCCAAGAAGGAUGGAUCCCGUUGCCUUGUAGUUGACUACUGUUGCCUCAAUAACCAGACUAAAAAGAAUGUCUACCCCUUACCCCGUCCAGAUGACCUCAUGGCCCAGCUCCGUGGUGCCAAGGUCUUCACCAAAUUAGAUCUGAGAUGGGGAUACAACAAUGUCUGGGUCAAAGAAGGUGACAAGUGGAAAACUGCCUUCCGCACCAAGUACGGCCUCUACAAGUCCCUGGUCAUGACAUUUGGUUUAACAAAUACCCCUGCAUCUUUCCAGCACUUCAUGAACAACCUGUUUAAAGAUCUACUGGACGUAUGCGUCAUCAUUUAUCUUGAUGACAUCCUGAUCUAUUCCAAGGAUGACGCAACCCAUACCCAACACGUUCAUGAGGUUUUACAACGUCUAAUGGAUAACCAACUGUUUUGCAAGGCGUCCAAGUGUACCUUCCAUGUUACCUCUGUGGAAUACCUGGGAAUCGUUGUGUUGGAUAAGGGUUUUAGCUUAGACAAGCUCAAGAUCCAGGCAGUACAGGAAUGGCCAAUCCCUACUAAAGUCAAGGAAGUCCAGUCAUUCCUAGGGUUUGCUAACUUCUUACAAUGGUUUGUUGCCAACUUCAGUCACAUGGCGCGGCCCUUGCACAACCUAGUAAAAAAGGACACACCAUGGAAGUGGGGCACAAGGGAACAAGAAGCAUUCCAGGGGCUGAAAGACGCAAUUACCAACGCCCCGGUCCUCUGCCACGCUGAGCCCUCCAAGCCUUACUUCCUGGAAACCAAUGCCUCAGGAGCGGCUCUUGGGAACUUGGAGUAUUGGAAGGAAUCCCGUACCUUCAACCGCCGCCACGCCCAAUGGCAUCUCCUACUGGCUGGUUAUAACUUCCAGAUUGUGUAUAGACCUGGUAAACAGUCAGGGAAACCAGAUGCACUAUCCCAAAGGUCAGACCAUGCCAACAUUCCACCAGAACCCCAGUCCAUGCUACCAGAUCCUGUGUUUGCCAAUGUUGCCUUAGUCACGCCAGAAAAGGAAUUACAACGCCAAAUUGAGCAGUCCCUAGACCAAGAUGAGUCACUGGAGGAAAUCCUCCAAUUCCUCCAUAACGAGUCAAAGGCGCCUCCUUCCAUCAAACGUGCAUUCAAGGAUUACAAAAUGGAGGCCGGAUUGCUGUUUUACCAAGGACGCAUUGUGGUACCUGACGUUGGAAACCUGAGAACGGACUUGCUUUGCAUCUUCCACAACAGCCCAUUGGCUGGCCACCCAGGCAGGCAACAAACGCUAGAGUUAGUAUCAAGGGACUACUACUGGCCCAGCAUCCGUGCCAACACGUAUUGGCAUGUGGAUACCUGCAAGACCUGCCAACGGAUAAGGAAGCCUAAAUACGCAUCUAUACCUCCACAACCCCUAGAGCUUCCUACCAGACCCUGGCAAUAUGUUUCUUAUGAUAUGAUUGUGGACUUACCAAAAGACAGAAAUCACAACUCAAUCCUGGUCAUCAUUGAUAGCUUCACCAAGUACGGGAUAUUUGUCAAAUGCUCCAAGAAACUAAAAGCCCUGGAACUAGCGGAAUUAUUCUUGGAACACGUAUGGAAACAGCACGGCAUGCCCAAAAAAACGGUCUCGGAUAGAGGGAGAGUAUUCAACAACAAAUUCCUGAAGGCGCUGUACAAACGCCUGGGAAUUGAUCCCCACUUCUCCUUGGCAUAUCAUCCCCAGAGCGACGGCCAGACAGGACGGGUUAACCCAUCCAUCGAACACUUCCUCAGGGCGUACUGUCCUAGACGUCUAUAA